AUGUCCACUGAAUCGUUGGACCAACUCUCCGAUCUCAGCGACAUCUUCAGCCACCUGUCGGAUUCGGAUCAGGAUCGAUUGAAAAAAGUCGUCCGGCGACAAAAGCAGCUGGAACGUGAAAGAGAUGCGUUUAUACUUAUUACAAUGAUCCUCCUCGGCAUGUACUUAGUCACAGUUCCUUUUCUGAUGAGAAACGUUUUCAACCAAACUACUGAGAGCGCACCAACCACCAACAACAUCAUCAACACAAAUGGCGUCUUCAAUCCCACGGAAUACAUGAGAUCUUUUGGCGAAAGACAAAUGAUGAGAACGAGUGAAAUCUUGGGAGACCAGGAAAAAAUGACCAGAGCUCAACGAGUAGUAGAAUCAAAAAAAUGGUCGCGUCUCGCAGAUGUGCCGGAGUACUACUGGGACAAAUUUAUGCCGGAUAUCACACGAUUUGAGGGUGUGAAUGUGUACCUCCACAAGGCGAAGCAGAAUGGCACUCAAGUAGAAGAGGCUCUCUACUUCCAUCCGAUAAAAUUUUGGAAGACCAGUGGGGAUGGGUUUUUCACCAGUUUUUUUCAAUGA